CACCUCCACGGCACCUCAAUUCAGACAGAUGUAAUUGCGACAACACCUUGGUCACGUAACCUUGCGCAGCGGAAUUCCAAUCACAAAAGAAACAACUGCAAUGGGCAACAAUAUUUCGUAUCAAGAGACGCCAGUUGAGCUCAGCUUGGGCAACCGAGGCACGAUUCGUGGUCUCCAACUCGACAAGAAGUCCCGUCGCUUCACUGGAGUCCCCUACGCCCUACCGCCUACUGGAGAACACAGGUGGCGCAAAGCGCGACCAUUGCCCGCCGAUUACACUUACGCCGAUGCCAGUGGAGGCGCCUACGAUGCGACAAAGUUUCGAGCAGUUUGCCCCCAGAAGGUCUGGAGCGUCGUGAAGCCUGAUGGUGGAAAAAAUGUUUACAGUGAGGACUGUUUGUUUGUCAACAUAUGGACUCCGGUGCCAGCAGAGGGCGAGGAGAACAAAAAAUGGCCUGUACAGCUUUGGAUCCACGGGGGCUGGUUCCAGAUAGGUGAUCCCUCGCACGAACCAGGGAUGGAUGCGACGGAGCUGAUCACCACGGGCGGGCUGAACUCAAUUGUUGUAGCCAUCGGAUACCGUCUCAACAUCUUUGGGUUUCUUGCCGGAGAUGCUCUCCUGGACGACAACAACGGCGAAGCGGGCGGCAACUUCGGUUUGUGGGACCAACGAGCUGCUGCAGAAUGGGUAAGAGAUAACAUCACCUAUUUUGGGGGAGACCCAGGAAACAUCACCCUCGCCGGCCGAAGUGCUGGUGCCUACAGCGCCGAGGCUCAGAUGUUGUACGAUUUCCGCAAGCCUGGAGACAGUUCCUCUUUGUACAGUCGCAUUUUCAUGGACUCCAACGCCAUUCCCGCCCAACCAAAGUCUCUCGCUGAGGUGCAAGGCCAGUUUGACGAGCUGUGCAACCAUUUUGAGAUUGACACAAGUGUUCCAAACAAUCAAAAAUUGGCAAUCCUACGGGAAAAGAGCGUGCAAGACCUUCUGGGGGCGAUCCCUCACCUCAAAAACCAUACCUUCCGGCCAGUGACGGAUGACAUUUUUAUCCACUCUGGCAUGGUAGAGUAUCUACAAAGCAAGGAAUUCGCGGAUGAGUUCAAGAAGAGAAAAUAUAAGAUUCUCAUUGGCGAGGUGCUUAACGAAGAAACGCUAUACGCGUCCUACAACCCCCCGACCGAGCCGACCCUCGAUGCUCUUCGGCUGCAGAUAUCAAACUACUAUGCACCAGAUGUUACGGACCGCGCCAUUCAGCAGUAUACACUUCCAAAUUCAAGCAAUUUAGAGGACUGGCAAAACAUAUUUGGUUUGAUAACUGCAGAUGGACAGGUGCGCGCACCCUCCAGGCUGCUUGUCAAAGCACUAGUGGACAACGGUGUCAACAUGGAAGAUGUGUGGCGGUACCAGAUUGCUUACAGACUGUCCUUCAUUGAUGAAAAAGUUGCUCCGGCAUCUUUUGGAGUAUCUCAUGCCAUGGAUAGGCCCAUUUGGAACUUCGCAAUUUGUCAUGGUCCAACCCUAAUUGAGGAAGUCCUGAUGAAGGACUGGAUUAGAAUCCUAGUGGCUUUCAUGAACAACGGGGAAAAUUACGAAUUCGGAACAAAGUCGGCUCAAGAAAUGAAGGUCAUGACUCCUGAAGGAAACAUCGAGAUUCGUCAGGACAAGCGGUGGAAUGAGCUCGUGAAUCUGGGCAAGAUAUUUGCUGGCAAGUAAGCCAAUGCUGUUUUGAUUCAACUGUCAUAUGGAAGGCAGUUCGCAUCCUUCGACCCUUGAUCGGACCUUCAGAUGCUUGUAGAUGAUUGUGUCAAAACGUUCAAGCCAGGUCUAGUUGAGCGGCUCAGCUUUGUUAUCAAUGCAUGUUUAUUGACAAGAGACUUCCUAGCUCCCUUCAAUGGAAGGAGUACGGGCGCGAAUAACAGUGCUGUUAUUCCACUGGUAGC